GCGUUAGCUGCGUCCCGGCUCGGAGCCCGCGAAGAGGACGAGGAGGAAGGCGCCGCGGUGGCCGCGGCUGCAGCGCUCCAGGUGCGACAAGCCAUGAGCAGCGGUCCCGCGGGCGACCCCGCCUUCGCUGGCUGCCGCUAAACCCGGCCCGGAGACAGCUCGCCGCUCCCCASCACCCUCUCGUGCCGACACCGUAGCACCCAGAGGUUAAAGUGGCUGCUUAUGACUAAACUUAGAGUUCUGGGAAUGCAGAUGUUGAAUGAAGUAACAUAUACAUAUAAGAAACAUGAUUCCAGUGACAGAAUUCCGGCAGUUCUCUGAGCAGCAGCCUGCCUUCCGGGUGCUUAAGCCAUGGUGGGACGUGUUUACCGACUACCUGUCCGUGGCCAUGCUGAUGAUCGGUGUCUUUGGAUGUACUUUACAGGUCAUGCAGGACAAGAUAAUCUGCCUUCCGAAAAGAGUGCAGCCUGCUCAGAACCACACUUCCGUUUCGAAUGUGUCUCAAGCCGUUGCCAGUACCACCCCACUGCCUCCACCUAAACCAUCUCCCGGGAACCCUGCCACUGUGGAAAUGAAAGGACUGAAGACAGACUUGGACCUGCAACAGUACAGUUUCAUAAACCAGAUGUGUUAUGAGCGAGCCCUCCACUGGUACGCCAAGUAUUUCCCUUACCUUGUGCUCAUCCAUACCCUGGUCUUCAUGCUCUGCAGCAACUUUUGGUUCAAAUUCCCUGGCUCCAGCUCCAAAAUAGAACAUUUCAUCUCCAUCCUGGGGAAGUGUUUUGACUCUCCCUGGACCACACGGGCUUUAUCUGAAGUGUCUGGGGAGGACUCUGAGGAAAAGGACAACAGGAAGAACAAUAUGAACAGGUCCAACACCACCCAGUCUGGCCCCGAAGGCAGCCUGGUYAACUCUCAAUCUCUAAAAUCAAUCCCUGAGAAGUUUGUGGUUGACAAAUCUACUGCAGGGGCUCUGGAUAAAAAGGAAGGUGAGCAAGCAAAGGCCUUAUUUGAGAAGGUGAAGAAGUUCAGGCUGCAUGUGGAAGAAGGUGAUAUAUUAUAUGCCAUGUAUGUUCGCCAGACUGUACUGAAGGUUAUCAAGUUCCUAAUCAUCAUUGCAUAUAAUAGCGCUCUGGUUUCCAAAGUCCAGUUUACAGUGGACUGUAAUGUUGACAUUCAGGACAUGACUGGAUAUAAAAACUUCUCUUGCAAUCAUACCAUGGCACACUUGUUCUCAAAACUCUCCUUUUGCUACUUGUGCUUUGUAAGUAUCUAUGGAUUGACGUGCCUUUACACCUUAUACUGGCUGUUCUACCGUUCCCUAAGGGAAUACUCCUUUGAGUAUGUCCGCCAGGAGACUGGAAUUGAUGAUAUUCCAGAUGUGAAAAAUGAUUUUGCUUUUAUGCUUCAUAUGAUAGAUCAGUAUGACCCUCUCUAUUCCAAGAGAUUUGCAGUGUUCCUGUCCGAAGUCAGUGAAAACAAAUUGAAGCAGCUGAACUUAAAUAACGAGUGGACUCCUGACAAACUGAGGCAGAAGCUGCAGACAAAUGCCCAUAAUCGAYUGGAAUUGCCUCUUAUCAUGCUUUCUGGCCUUCCGGACACUGUUUUUGAAAUCACAGAGUUGCAGUCUCUAAAACUUGAAAUUAUUAAGAAUGUAAUGAUCCCAGCCACCAUUGCACAGCUAGACAAUCUCCAAGAGCUCUCUCUCCACCAGUGUUCUGUCAAAAUCCACAGCGCAGCACUCUCUUUCCUGAAGGAAAACCUCAAAGUUUUGAGCGUCAAGUUUGAUGACAUGAGGGAGCUGCCCCCCUGGAUGUAUGGACUCCGGAAUCUGGAAGAGCUCUACCUGGUUGGCUCUCUAAGUCAUGACAUAUCCAAAAAUAUUACCCUUGAGUCUCUGCGGGAUCUCAAAAGCCUUAAAAUCCUCUCUAUCAAAAGUAAYGUCUCCAAAAUCCCUCAGGCAGUGGUGGAUGUUUCCAGCCAUCUCCAAAAGAUGUGCAUCCAUAACGACGGCACCAAGCUGGUCAUGCUCAACAACUUAAAGAAGAUGACCAAUCUUACAGAGCUGGAACUGGUCCACUGUGACCUGGAGCGCAUUCCCCAUGCCGUGUUCAGCCUGCUCAGCCUCCAGGAACUGGACCUGAAAGAAAACAACCUGAAAUCUAUAGAAGAAAUUGUGAGCUUCCAGCACCUGAGAAAGCUAACAGUGCUGAAACUGUGGCAUAACAGCAUCACCUACAUCCCCGAGCAUAUAAAGAAGCUCACCAGCCUGGAACGACUAUCCUUCAGUCACAAUAAAAUAGAGGUGCUGCCUUCCCACCUCUUCCUAUGCAACAAAAUCCGAUACUUGGACUUAUCCUACAAUGACAUUCGAUUUAUCCCACCUGAAGUUGGAGUUCUACAAAGUUUACAGUAUUUUUCCAUCACUUGUAACAAAGUGGAAAGCCUUCCAGAUGAACUCUACUUCUGCAAGAAACUUAAAACUCUGAAGAUUGGGAAAAACAGCCUGUCUGUACUCUCACCAAAAAUUGGAAAUUUACUGUUUCUUUCCUACUUAGAUGUCAAAGGCAAUCACUUUGAGAUCCUCCCUCCCGAACUCGGUGACUGCCGGGCUCUGAAGAGAGCUGGUUUGGUUGUGGAAGAUGCUCUGUUUGAAACUCUGCCUUCUGACGUCCGGGAGCAAAUGAAAGCUGAAUAACUUAUUUUUCAUCAGAGUUUGACUGAAACACGCUUCUACCAAAUACAGUAUAAGUAAUUAGGUAGUCUUAAUGCCUUUCCUAUUUUAUUUUAUUUUUUUUUCUUUUUCACACGAAACAAAAAAUGUACACAAAGAUUGAGUAAGGAGUAUGUAUUUUUUAAUAAAAUUUUAAUUGUAUUUUUUCAAUAUUAA